AAGUUAGUUACGUAUCAUCUCGCGAGAGGUAUCAUGGUGGCAAGAAGGCAACUUGCAUCAGAUUGAAUUCGGUUAAACUGUAAAAACAACAAUCAUGGCGUUUUCUGACACACAGGUUCAUAUUCUGAUAAAUGCUUUUAUGUCGGCAAUGGGGUUCAUUGUGUGUUAUAGCAUAAUUCCGAAGUUUAAAACGAUGUUUAUCAAUGCACACCUCUUUGGCAUUGACAUGAGCAAAAGGGAAAAGAAGCAAAUUCCAGAAUCUCAAGGAAUGAUAUGUGGAGCCAUUUUCCUUGUCAUCAUGUUCUUAUUCAUCCCAGUACCAUUUUACAAACAUAUUUUGACAGACAAUUCGGGAAAUUCAUUCCCACAUCAUGAGUAUAUCGAGUACAUUGCUGCUCUGCUGUCCAUAUGCUGUAUGAUAUUUUUGGGAUUUGCUGAUGAUGUUUUAGAGCUAAAAUGGCGACACAAACUGUUUUUGCCAACCAUGGCUUCUCUUCCAUUGCUGAUGGUUUACUUCGUGAACUUCGAUUCAACAGUGAUUAUCAUACCUAAACCUUUACGCUUUUAUUUUGGUCAUGAUAUUGAUUUAGGAAUUUUAUAUUAUGUGUACAUGGGAAUGUUGGCUGUCUUUUGCACUAAUGCAAUAAACAUCUUGUCUGGAGUAAAUGGUUUGGAAACUGGACAAUCUCUUAUCAUAGCUGUUUCAGUACUUAUUUUCAACUUCUUAGAGCUGAAUGGAUGUUGUAGAGAGGCACAUAUUUUCAGCAUAUAUUUUAUUCUACCAUACACAGCUGUUUGUCUAGCCAUUUUCAUACAUAACUGGUACCCAGCAGAUGUAUUUGUGGGAGACACUUUCUGCUAUUUCUCAGGAAUGACUUUUGCAGUAGUGGCAAUUUUAGGACAUUUUAGCAAGACAAUGUUAUUGUUCUUUAUACCUCAGGUCUUCAAUUUUAUAUACUCAGUACCACAGCUUUUUAGAAUGGUUCCAUGUCCAAGACACAGACUACCUAAAUAUGAUCCAGUAAGUGACACAGUAGGCAUGAGUAAAACCACCUUUAAAUAUGACAAACUAAAUAUCCUGGGGAAAUUGUCUGUGACUUUAUUUAGGAUGUUGUUUCUCCUGGAAGUGAAGGACGGUGUAGGGGAGGAUAAACAGUAUAUAGAGUGUAAUAACAUGACUCUAAUUAACCUGGUGCUGAAGUUCUGUGGACCCUUACAUGAAAAGACACUAGUUACCAUUCUGUUAACAAUGCAGGUCUUCUGCAGUGUUCUUGCUUUUGGAAUAAGGUAUCAACUCUCCAAAGUAUUUUAUGACUAGUGAAUUCCAAAAAGUGAUCAUUUGAAAGCCAUUGUACAUUGCUGACUGCAAAAUAUUAAAAAUAUCUUUGCCAAAGGCUGCCAAUACUUGUAGGUACUAAUCAAAAAUAAAUUUAUUCUGUUUGAGCCAUAGGCUUUCAUUUAAUAGCUGCAUUUAAAUCAUGAGUCUCAAACUUUAGGAUCGUGAUUUAAGGUUAUACAAUUGUUGUUAUGUUUUGAUGUAACUAAACUAAUAUUGAUAAAUUACUUAUUAUGUAUGAUAAAUUAAUUUUUAUACGAGAGAACUUCAUUUAUUCCGAACAGCAUGAGACAUACUGUCUGCUCACAAAAUUAUAUUUUUUUUAUGUUUGCAUUCUUCAAAAUUACAUACAAAAAAAAUAUUAAAAUUUGUGCAAAAUUUGUCUCAAAAAGAUGAAAACACUAUUUUGUGAAAUCAGGUGCAACAAAAUUUAGAUUUGCACAGAGAUUGACAAGUACUUCAUGUACAUAUGGUAGAUUUUGAAAAAUCAGUACCAGAGUACCAGUGAAUUAUUUUUCUAUUGUAAAGUCAAGUUAAAAGUAUAUGAUUAGGAAAACAUUAUGAAAAGUUAAGUAUAAGUACUGAUAUUGUUAAAACUGCCUAUCAUUUACUCUAUACAUUGUUGCAUAUUAAACAUUUUCCUAAUUGUGUUCUUAAAGUAGAAACAUUUGAAUCGGAAUAUUAAUAGAAAUAUGACACCAUAAAUGUACUAGUAGCCUAGUGCUAUAAAUAAAGUGUGUUUUUGGUGGAAUAUAAUAAUAAUACAUUCCAUAUCUGAUAUUGUGACAUUGUGCAUAUUUUUUUUAUUUAAAGUUUGUUUAAUGAUAGGCGAAGGGGUAAAAUCAGAAAAUAAAAUCUGUUGAGAUUGGAAAAACCCAGAAGAACCUCAUAUCAAGUUAAUAUGCAAUGAUUCUGGAUUGAUAAAUCCAGCCUGCAUGCAUUGAAUAUUAACUUUAUUUAUUCUGGGUUUCAAUACAUGUAUAUUAAAUCUUAAUCCAAUUCACUGAUCAUUGAGUAGUUGCCAUUAUAAUUUCUUUUUUUCUCCUUUAGUUGUACCUUUUCUUUGAAUUUAAUAUAUUCAUUUCAUAUUAAAAAUCCUACCAUAUACUUACAUGUACAUCUUACAAUGCUUACAUUAAAUAUUUAAACAAGAUAAAUUGUACACUCACAUCCCUUUUUUCCAUACUGAGUAUUCUUUGAAAUGUAAAGGUACAUGAGAUUGACCCUCUGUUACACUAAAUUUCUCUCUCCUCCCUCUCUACAUCAAGAAAUUUUUAAAAAUGUAAAUACUUGUAUGGAUUUAUGUAGUAAUUUUUUACACACAUGCAGAUUAAUAGCAAUUAACUCCUAGGAAAUAUGUUCAUAAACAAAUGUUCAUAAACAACAAAAUAGUAAUUAACAGUUAUUGCUCUUGCUUCAUUAAAAUAAGAUAGAAAAUAUUUAAUCUUAGCAUAAAUGCUAGAAUAUAUUAUAUAUACACAUUGAUAUAAUGAUUAACUUGAUAUAUGUGGCCACUUUACAGCUAAUUACUGUUUCCAAUUAUCUGUAAAUAGCAUAUAUGACCUUGUGUUAUUAUGUACUUUGUACAUGUAUUGGUACACUGGCCAGAACUAAACACUAUUUGUAGAUACAUGUUGGAAUACUGGAGUCUGAUAAUCAUUACAACAUUGAGUUGUUGUGUAUAAUAAAUAUUGAGAUAAAUAUGUACAAUAAAUAACUAAUUAAAAGUAUUUCACAUGUAAAUUUUAAAAUCUAUAAGAUACGGAAUUAAAAAGAUUUUAUAUACUUUGAGAAAAAUAUGUUUAGUAAUAUAUAUGUAUUAAGAUGAUUUAAUUUUUGUGGCUACUUUA